UUCUUCUCUGUUCCCAGUUGUGGGAAUUGGUGAGUCAUAGUGUAAACUAGCUCCACCGGAACAAGAGCCAUACUCCUCGAGCCGGUCGGUUGUGGGGGGGCCAAAUGACUCAGGCCUGUUCACUUCUCUCCUCGUCACUCCAUGGACACACACCCUCAGGCCACCGAGAUUUAGGUGCCCAGGAGAAGUUCUAGGAGCCAGACUUCCAAGGAUCCGCGGAGUCAGAGAGCCUGACGUUAGGCAGGCCCCGCCCACAGCUCCGCCCCACCGGCCUUGCCCGCCGCCCUCGGGUCCACUGGGUUGAAACGCUACCGGGAGGCAGGUGAGCAACCUCUUGGUUCCCAGCGCACGUCCGUCUGCGCCCGGGAGAGGCAGGACUCCUGGAAACCUAGGCCAAAGGUCGGCUGCCCAUGGGCUUUCGGAACCACCGCUUCACGCUGUUCCCAGUCAGGCCCGCACCCGCGGGAUCCCCAAGGGGCUCUGGUUGGCCUCAAUGGAGCUCCUCCUGGUCCCUGCUGCUUCUGCUGGUUUUGCGGCUGUCUGCAGUGACCUCCACAGAGAAGGACUGGCAGUGCCCGCGCACGCCCUACACGGCCACCCGUGACUUUGAUGUGAGGUAUGUAGUGCCCUGUUUUUCCGCCGGCGGCCCAGUGCAAGCUGUACUGACUUAUGAGGGUGGCCAGGACGGCAAUGCCGUGUUUGUAGCCACACGCAAUCGCCUGCAUGUGCUUGGGCCUGACCUGCAGUUUGUGGAGAGCGUGGCCACUGGCCCUGCCGGAGACCCAAGCUGCCAGACCUGUGCAGCCUGUGGACCAGGACCCCACAGCCCACCAGGUGACACAGACACACUGGUGCUGGUGCUGGAGCCUGGGCUCCCCGCACUGGUCAGCUGUGGCUCUAGCUUGCAGGGCCGCUGCUUCCUGUAUGAGCUGGAGCUCCGAGAAACAGCCUUGCACCUGGCGGCACCAGCCUGCCUCUUCUCUGCCCACCGAAACCUGCCUGAGGACUGCCCUGACUGUGUGGCCAGCCCCCUGGGCACCCGUGUGACUGUGGUUGAGCAGGGCCAGGCGUCUUAUUUCUAUGUUGCAUCCUCAUUGAACACCACAGUGGCUGCCAACUUCAGCCCCAACUCCGUGUCCAUACGACGCCUCAGGGCUGAUGCCUCAGGAUUUGAAACAGGCUUUUCCGCACUGUCAGUGCUGCCCAAAUACCUGGACUCCUACCAUAUCCAAUAUGUGCACAGCUUCCACUCAGGAGCCUUUGUCUACUUCCUGACUGUGCAGCCUGCUAGUGUGAUAGACACUCCUGGUGCCCUACAAACGCGCCUGGCACGGCUCAAUGCUCUGGAGCCAGAGCUAGGUGACUAUCGGGAGCUGAUCCUCGACUGCUAUUUUGCACCUAAACGUCGCCGCAGGACCCCAGAGGGCAGGCAGUCCUACCCAGUGCUUCAGGCAGCCCAUGCUGCUCAUGUGGGUGCCCAGCUUGCCACUGAAUUAAGCAUCACUGAGGGCCGUGAAGUGCUAUUUGGGGUCUUUGUGACUGGCAGGGGUAGUGGCACUGGCAUGGGCCCUAACUCUGUAGUCUGCGCCUUCCCCAUUGACCUGCUGAACCCUCUAAUCGAUGAGGGUGUGAAACGCUGUUGUGAGUCCCCUGUUAACCCUGGCCUUCGUAGAGGCCUCGACUUCUUCCAGACACCCAGCUUUUGCCCUAACCCGCCAGUCUCGGAGGCCCCUAGCCUCAACAUCAGCUGCCAUUACUUCCCUCUGCUGGUCAGCAGCAGCUUCCCACGUGUGGACUUAUUCAACGGGCUUUUAGGACCAGUGCACAUCACUGCUCUGUAUGUAACACGCCUUGGCAAUGUCACAGUGGCCCACAUGGGCACAACUGAUGGGCGUAUCCUGCAGGUGGAGCUAGCCAGGUCACUCAACUACCUGCUGUAUGUGUCCAACUUCUCAUUGGGCAGCAGUGGGCAGCCCAUACAGCGAGAUGUCAGUCGCCUUGGAGACCACUUGCUCUUUACCUCUGGGGACCAGGUGAGGUCUUCCAGGUACCCAUCAGAGGGCCUGGCUGCCACCAUUUCCUCACCUGUAGGGGUUGCCUGCGAACACAGCGCUUCAUGGGCUGUGGCUGGUGUGGGGACAUAUGUGGCAGACAGGAAGAGUGUCCUGGCUCCUGGCAACAGGAUCACUGUCCACCUAAGCUUACUGAGGUACAGCUUUCCUGGCAGGGCACAGUUCUACCCCCACAGUGGGCCCCUAAGGGGCAGUACAAGGCUGACUCUGUGUGGCUCCAACUUCUACCGGCACUCUGAUUCUCUGGUACCUGAGGGAACCUAUCAGGUCACAGUGGGCCAAAGUCCCUGCCAGCUGCUGCUUCGGGAUACCUCAGAUCUCAGCCCAGCACCCCGGAAAGACUUCGUAGAGGAGCUUGAGUGUGAGCUGGACCCCUUGCACAGCCAGUCAGCGGGGACUACGAACGUCAGCCUUACUGUGACUAACAUGCUCCCAGGCAGGCACUUCCGUGUAGAUGGCACCUCCGUGCUGGAAGGUUUCUCUUUCAUGGAGCCAGUGCUGACAGCAGUACGACCCCUCUUUGGCCCACGGGCAGGGGGCACCCGUGUCACCCUUGAAGGCCAGGCCCUGUCUAUAGGCACCAGCCGGGCUGUGCUGAUCAAUGGAACUCAAUGCCAAUUGAAACAGGUCAGCGAGGGGCAGAUAGUAUGUGCCACACCCCCUGGUACUUCUACAGCCAGUGUCCCCCUUGGCCUGCACAUAGGGGGUGCUAAGGUGCCUGGUUCCUGGACCUUUCACUACCUGGAAGACCCCAUUGUGCUGGGUAUCACUCCUAACUGUGGCUAUAUUGGCUCCCAUGUCACCAUCCAUGGCCAGCAUCUGACUUCAGCAUGGCAACUAAUGCUGUCAUUCCAUGACGGGCAAAGGACAGUAGAGAACAGGUGUGAUGGGCCGCUUCCGGAGCAGCAUCAGUGCCAUCUGCCUGAAUAUGUGGUCCGAGACCCCCGGGGGUGGGUGAUAGGGAAUCUGAGUGUCCAGGGAGAUGGAGCUGCUGGCUUCACACUGCCCAGCUUUCGCUUCCUGCCCCCACCUCGUCCACCCAGUGUAGGCCUAGCCCCACUGAAGCCUGAAGAACAUGCUGUUAAGUUUCAGUACAUUGGGCUGGAUGCUGUGGCUGACUGCGUGGGUGUGAAUGUGACUGUGGAUGGUAAAAGCUGCCAGCACGAGCUCCGAGGAGAUGUGGUGGUCUGUCCCCUGCCUUCUUCGGUGCAACUCAGCAAGGAUGGUGUCCCAUUGCAGGUCUGUGUAGAUGGUGACUGUCACAUCCUGGGCAGAGUGGUGCGGCCAGGCCCGGGGGGUAUCCCACAGAACAUACUCCUUGUUGUCCUGCUGGGCUUGCUCUUGCUUGUGGUUUUACUGGCUGCUGCACUAGUUUUCAACUACCAGCGUCGGAGGAAGCAACUAGUCCUCUCUCCCAACCUGGAUGAGCUGGCAUCCCUGGACCAGACUGUUAGAGCUAUGCUCCUGCCUGUGCUCUACUCAGGUUCUGACUACAGAAAUGACCUUGGUGAGAUGAGAGAGGUGCUAGAAGCUGGGGCCACACCCUCUCCACAAGCCUAUCAUACCCUCUCCCCUACAGCACUUUCUGCCCUUGAUGGUCCACAUUCUCCCACUGGAGUCCACGGAGAAUCCUUCUCAGGCAGCAAGGAAGGGUCCUGCGUCCCUCUGCUGCGGACAGAAUCCAUCCGGCUCAGGGAUCUGAACUCUGCACUCCUAGCUGAGGUCAAGGAUGUACUGAUUCCUCAUGAGCAAGUGAUCACUCACAGUGACCAAGUCAUUGGCAAAGGCCAUUUUGGAGUUGUCUACCAUGGGGAAUAUACAGAUAAGGACCAGAAUCAAAUCCACUGUGCUAUCAAGUCACUGAAUCGCAUCACAGAGGUGCAGGAGGUGGAGGCCUUCCUUCGCGAGGGACUGCUCAUGCGUGGCUUGCACCAUCCAAAUGUUCUGGCUCUCAUUGGGAUCAUGCUGCCACCUGAGGGACUGCCGCGUGUGCUGCUGCCCUAUAUGCGACAUGGAGACUUGCUCCAUUUCAUCCGCUCACCUCAACGGAACCCCACUGUGAAGGACCUCAUCAGCUUCGGCCUGCAGGUAGCUCGUGGCAUGGAGUACCUGGCAGAACAGAAGUUUGUACACAGAGACCUGGCUGCUAGGAACUGCAUGCUGGAUGAGUCAUUCAUAGUCAAGGUGGCUGACUUUGGUCUGGCCCGUGACAUCCUGGACAAGGAUUAUUACAGUGUCCGUCAGCAGCACCAUGCUUGCCUACCUGUCAAGUGGAUGGCACUGGAGAGCCUGCAGACCUACAGAUUCACCACCAAGUCUGACGUGUGGUCAUUUGGUGUGCUGCUGUGGGAAUUGCUAACACGGGGUGCCCCACCAUACCCCCAUAUUGACCCUUUCGACCUCAUCUACUUCCUGGCCCAGGGUCGGCGCCUUCCUCAGCCUGAAUAUUGUCCCAAUUCUCUGUACCAAGUAAUGGAGAGAUGUUGGGAGGCAGACCCAGCAGCACGGCCCACCUUCAGAGCACUGGUGAUAGAAGUAGAGCAGGUUGUGGCCUCCCUGCUUGGGGACCACUAUGUGCAGCUGUCCACAGCCUACGUGAACCUGGGCCCUGGCAACUUGAACGAGGCAAAUCUGCUUCCAGGACAUCCACGGUCCUCGCCUGUGCACAGGAGCAUGUCUAGGCCCCGACCCCUCUCAGAGCCACCUCUGCUUACUUGACCUAGGUCCUGGGAAGGCCCAUGGGGGCUGAACUUGCUUAGUGGCCUUGAACUAACCCCCAGUGGCAUCUGGGCUGUUCCAGGCUAGAGGAUAUGGUGUUUCUACUUUGUUCCUGCCCUUUAAUUUUCAGAGAGGGAAGGAGGCCACAUAGGUCUCUCACUGCACAGUGAGCCCAUGAGAGCAACCAUUCUACAGCAUGUUUUUAUGGAGCACCUUCUGUACCAUGCCUGCUGGGCACAGAGGACUCAGCAGUGACACAGAGACACUCACCUUUGAGCCAAUAAAAAAAAGAAUAUUCACAUAUAAACUGUGGAAAAUGUUGUG